AUGUUUAUUUCACUCGUUGUCUCGCUGUGUCUUCUGCAAGGCGUACUAGGUGCUGCCAUCACGACUUCCAUCGGUGGCGGCGGCGAACGGGCUUGCUCAAAUCCCAGUCUUGGAGGCUUCAUUCUAUAUGCCCAGAUGAAAGGUUCUAGAGCCACAUAUCCAGUCAGGCUUCUUGCCAACGCUGGGACACCAGCAGUCUCGCAUAUGGUCGUCAGCAUCGAUGAGGACUGCAAGAGCUGCGGUGAGGCUCCCGGCAGCUGGAAUCUUAGCAAAAAGAUUGUGACUGCGAACCUGGUGAACACUCCUGAAGGCUACCAAACAAUCAAUCAAGCAGUUAGUUCGAAUGCUUCUCCGUCCUUCAUCACCACCCCGAAUGAUAAGGUAACAUACCCUAUCUACUGCGCUGUGGGCACACCGAGUGUUUCGACCAUCCCUGUUUACCUGCUCUCGGUAAACGGAACGGCCUCGAAGUGGUACAUGUGCGGGUCCAGUCAACUUCAAGGGCUGUAUACCAUCAUCUAUGACAACCUCGUUGCCAGACCAAUCGGAACUACGUGCUUUCCAGUCAAUCUCGUCAUGCAACGUCUUAUUCCCAUCGAACCUGGACCGGCCUAG